AUGGCCCAGGACAGCGAUUUGCCAAAGCCGGCGGCGGCCGCGGACAAGGGCAAGGGCAAGGCCGUAGAUGAUCCCAAGGCCGAGAAGACUGCUGCCGACGGCAAGAAGGAAGAUGAUAAGAAAGAUGCGACCGAAGAGGAGCUCAGUGAAGAGGACCAGCAGCUCAAGAGCGAGCUGGACAUGAUGGUAGAGCGUUUAACAGAAUCCGACAGCAACCUUUACAAAUCCGCCCUUGAGAUGAUGAAGAGCGCCAUCAAGACUUCCACAUCGUCAAUGACAGCAGUACCGAAGCCGCUGAAGUUUCUACGACCGCACUACGAGACCCUAACCAAGCUCUACGAGGAGUGGCCCAACGACGAGAACAAGGUCUCACUGGCGGACGUCCUGUCCGUUAUUGGCAUGACCUUCUCCGAUGAGGAUAGACAAGACACACUCAAGUACCGACUUUUGGCUCCCACAACUGACAUUGGUUCAUGGGGUCACGAAUAUGUCCGGCACUUGGCCCUCGAAAUCGGAGAGGUGUACAGCAAACGCAUCACGGCUGACGAGCCCACAGCGGAUCUUAUCGACCUGGCGUUGGUCUUGGUACCUCUCUUCAUCAAGAGCAACCAGGAAGCUGACGCAGUGGACCUGAUGAGCGAGCUGGAAAUCAUCGAGAAGAUGAACGAGUUCGUUGAUGAGAACACCUACCCCAGAGUGUGCUUGUACAUGGUCACCAUGGUGAACCUGUUGACUUAUCCCGACAACGAGACUUUCCUCCGUGUCGCCCACGAUAUCUACAUCAACCAUAAGCAAUUCGCUCAGGCAGUUAUUCUUGCCAUUCGAUUACAUGAUAUCGACUUGGUGCAGGAAGAUUUCGACAAGGCAGAGGAUCCCGUAUUGAAGAAACAGCUGGCGUUUCUGAUUUCACGCCAGAGGAUCAUCUUGCCAAUGAUUAACGAAGGCGAGGGCGACGACCCGGAGCUGUUUGAAUGUCUUCAUAACAUUAAGUUGUCUGAUCACUUCAAAGCUCUGGGUAAGGAGCUGAACAUCCUCGACCCCAAGACUACCGAAGAUAUCUACAAGAGCCACUUGGAGAGCAGCCGCGUAGCCGGUAUGACCAACCUGGACUCUGCUAGACACAAUCUUGCUGCUGCCUUUGUCAACGCUUUUGUCAACGCUGGAUUCGGAAACGACAAGAUGAUGCUUGUCGAGAGCCAGAAGGAGGCUUGGGUGUGGAAGACCAAGGGAGAGGGUAUGAUGUCAACUGUUGCCUCUCUUGGCACUUUGUUGAUGUGGGAUAUUGAGAAUGGUCUGGACAGCAUUGAUCGGUACACAUACGCUUCGGAGCCAGAGAUUACCGCUGGAGCCAUGCUUGCCAUUGGUAUCAUGAACUCUGGUGUUCGGAUAGAAUCCGAGCCUACUAUCGCGCUCCUGGGCGAUGCCGACAAGCUCCACAACGAUAAUCCUCUGAUUCGAACUGCCUGUUUGAUGGGUCUUGGAUUGGCUUAUGCCGGCUCUAGUAAGGACGAGGUUAUUGAGCUGCUCAUGCCCAUGAUUGCAGAUUCUACCCAGGAUAUGCAAAUCUCUGCCAUGGCUGCAUUGGCAUGUGGUCUUAUUGCCAUUGGCACAUCUCACCCCGAAGUCAGCGAAGCUAUUAUAACGACUUUGAUGGAUGACGAGCGAAAGAGCCAGUUGACUGACAAAUGGACAAGAUUCUUGGGUCUGGGCCUGGGCCUGCUUUUCUUUGGCCGACAAGAAGAGGUGGAUGUUAUCCUGGAGACACUCAAAGCCGUGGACCACCCCAUGGCCAAGCCGACCGCGGUCUUGGCUGAGAUUUGUGCUUGGGCUGGUACUGGUGCCGUUCUGAAGAUCCAGGAGCUGCUGCACAUCUGCAAUGAGCACCAGGAAGAAUCGGAAGAUAAGAAGGGCGAUGAACUGUUGCAAGCAUAUGCUGUUUUGGGUAUUGCGCUUGUGGCUAUGGGCGAGGAAGUUGGACAGGAGAUGGUUCUCAGACAAUUCGGCCACCUUAUGCACUAUGGUGAACCCAACAUUCGGAAGGCUGUUCCCCUGGCAAUGGGCCUGAUCAGCCCAAGCAACCCACAGAUGAAGGUUUACGAUACGCUUUCAAGGUAUAGUCACGAUAACGAUCCUGAAGUCGCCAUCAACGCCAUCUUCGCCAUGGGUCUGCUGGGCGCUGGCACUAACAACGCUCGAUUGGCCCAGCUGCUUCGACAGCUCGCAAGCUACUACCACAGAGAUCAGGAUGCGCUAUUCAUGGUGCGCAUCGCACAGGGUCUCCUGCACCUGGGCAAGGGAACACUCUCCCUGAACCCCUUCCACUCUGACAGACAGGUGCUCUCCCCUGUCUCGACGGCUGGUCUCCUGGCUACAAUGGUGGCUAUGCUUGACCCCAAAGACUUCAUCACCUCAAACUCGCACUAUCUUCUCUACUUCCUUGUGCCUGCCAUGCAUCCUAGAUUCCUUGUCACUGUCGAUGAGAAAUUGAACCCCCUGAAGGUCAAUGUCCGGGUUGGUCAGGCAGUAGAUGUUGUUGGCCAGGCUGGUCGACCGAAGACGAUUACGGGAUGGCAGACACAGAGCACACCCGUGCUGCUGAGUUAUGGUGACCGAGCAGAGUUGGAAGACGAGGAGUACAUUAGCCUUACCAAUACUUUGGAGGGCCUGGUGAUUCUGCGAAAGAAUCCCGAAUGGCAGGCAGAGCAGUAA